GCCCAGUGUGCGCUUAGACUGCUUCACAUGCUGAUACACACACACACACACACAUAUACGGAGACAGCGCGAGCGCGAGCGGUGAACAUCUGUAGGUAACCCAUAACUCACCCAGUGGAGAUGAAGUAUCUAAGCUAUUUGGAGACGACGCCAGAAUUUGCACAAAAAUAAGAACUGGACACUGAGGGUUAAAAUGAUGCAAUGUUCUGUCUGAUGGCAUCGGGACAUAAACCGAGAGCUUUUACAGAUGUGUAAUGCAUCUGGAUGGUCCUGAAAUCUGAUUUAACCUCUGAGGAUCAGCGCUCGGACCCUAAAGCGUGGAUUAUUCACAUGUUUUUCUUUUCUGGAUGAAAUGUGUCAUCAUCAAACUCUCCGACCAGAGAAUACUCACACUCCCGGGAGACUGUAGCUCAGUGGAAGAGAGUACUCAAGACGUUCAGUCACUUUAUUCAGUCAUGAAUGAAUCACUGCUGAAGAAACAGAGAGAGAGAGAGAGAGAGAGCGGGAAUAGUAUUAGCAUGGGAUUUUUGACAGGAGGCUGUAGAUGUGGACGAGAGACAUGCUAAAAGUAAAGUGAAAAUAAAAAGAAAGAGAGAAAGGAGUUAAGAAACUGAGAAAUUCUUAAUCUUAAGUCUUAUAAUGAGAAGCUAAUCAACAGGUCUACAAUGUAAAGGGUUAAUAUCCCACAGGUCCUGGCCUGAGUAGCUGCUAACUGCUCCGCUAACUGCUCUAAGCUAACUCUUAAAAGUGUUAUAAGCAUGUGAAAAGGGGGUGAAGCGAGGACAGACAGACUUGUUUUGAACAAAUGUUCCAUUGUGUCCUUCAGAAAAGGGGAAUGUGAUCGUCUAACUCACCCAGACAAAACACACACCCGUACUGUAUCAUAUCAACGCUAAGUACAGUUAGCGGAGACAUAGCAAAACUGAUUGAUUAGCUUAUCUGUGUUUUUGCCACUUGUUUUUAUUUUUGUGGGUGAAAAACUCAAAUCAAACCAAAACUUUCGACAUUCUGAUUCUGGGGAUUCUUUAAUGUGCACUUAAACAAUCCUCUACAUUUUUAAUCGUCAUAUGAACUUUAUAGAGCAUUAUAGAGCGGCCCCUACGCUUCCUGUACUGUAUUAUAGUCUGUCAGAAUGAGUGUGUGGAUCAUAUAAACACUAUAGAGCAUUAUAGAGCGCCUCUAUGCUUUCUGUGGUGUAUUACAGUUUGUCUGAAUGAGUUUGUGUAUUAUAUACACAAUAUAGACCAUUACAUAGCGCCCCUGUGGUGUAUUAUAGUUUGGCACAAUGAGCUUAUGGCUCAUAUGAACAUUAUCGAGCAUCCCCUAUGCUUUCUGUAGUGUGUGGAUUAUAUAAACAUUUUAGAGGAUAUUAGUACAUUUAAAAGCAUUAUUUAGCCCCCUAACCUUCUUGUAGUUUAUUACCAUCAUUCAGAAUGAGUGUGUGUAUUAUAUAGAUAUUAUAGAACACCAUAGAACGCCCCCUAUGGUUUCUUUAGUGUUUUACACUUUGUAAAAAUGAGCAUGUGGAUUAUAUGAGCAUUAUAGGGGAUAAUAGUGCUUCCUUUUUUACAUUUUGAAGCAUUAUAUAGCUCCCCCUACACUCCUUGUUGAGUAUUACCAUCUGCCAGAAUGAGUGUGUGCAUUAUAUGAACAUUAUACAACACUAUAGAGCAUUGUAGAGCAUUAUAGAGCACCCCCUAUUCUUCCUGUGGUGUAUUACAGUCUGUCAGAGUGAGCGUGUGUAUUAUAUGGACCUUAUAGAGCAUAAUAGAGCACCCCCUACACUUCCUGUAGUGUAUUACAGUGUGUCAAAAUGACUCUAUGGCUCAUAUAAACAUUGUAGAACAUUAUAGAGCAUUAUAGAGCGGCCCCUAUGCUUCUAUUGCAGUUUGUCAGAAUGAGUGUGUGUAUUAUAUAGGCAUUAUAGAGCGCCCCCUUCACCUCCUGUAGCGUAUUACAGUUUGUCACAAUAAGCCUAUGGCUCAUAUAAACAUUGUAGAACAUUAUAGAGCAUUAUAUGAUUCUAUUACAGUUUGUCACAGAAUGAGUGUGUGGAUCGUAUGAACAUUGUUAGCGAUGUUGCGCCGGGGGUUGUUGUCAUGUCUCUCUCGAGUGGGCGUGGCUCUGGUGCUUGUGUGCUGCUCUCUCUCUCUACUGUACGUCAUCACCUGCAGUCCUCACACCGAUGACCCCCUGUCCGGCCCUCUGCUGCCCAGGCCGGGGCCCCUGGGGUCCCCCGUGGGUCACGGGCCGCUCAGCGGCGCCCCCCUCGGCCCACCAGGCGGACAGGGUAGCUACCAGGCCCUCCUGCAGGAGCGCGAGGAGCAGCACCGGCAGCACAUCUCCAGCCUGAAGAAGCAGAUCGCCCAGUUGAAGGAGGCGCUGCAGGAGCGCGGGGAACGGGUGAAGGGGUCGCCGGAGAAAGCGGGGGACCGAGGAGUGGGCACCGGGACCAUCGAGGAGAGGAGCCACACUGACCUCCAGGACUUCCUGCGCAGUCAGCUGUCUCGGGCGGAGGUGCACUCGGGCGUGCGUUUGCCGAGCGAGUAUUCGGUGGUGCCGUUUGAGAGCUUCACGCUGCAGCGGGUGUACCAGCUUGAGAUGGGACUGACCCGCCACCCGGAGGAGAAACCGGUGAGGAAGGACCGGCGGGACGAGAUCAGUGAGGUCCUGGAGAGCGCCCUGCAGACCCUCAACACGCCCAACCUGAGCCGGGACCGGGUCGCCAGCAAGGUCUACAGUACUGCCGACUUCAUAGAGGGUAUAGCGCGUACGGAGAAGGAUAAGGGGACGCUGUAUGACCUGUCGUUCCGCGGGGAGCAGCCGCAGCAGUUCCGCCGGCUGGUUCUGUUCAGGCCGUUCGGGCCGCUGAUGAAGGUGUCGGAUGAGCGAGUGCAGACCCAGAACACUAUCAUCAACAUCAUCCUCCCACUCUCACACCGCGCCGACAAGUUCCGACACUUCAUGCACAACUUCAGAGAGGUGUGUAUAAAGCAGGACAGGCGAGUGCACCUUACCGUCGUCUACUUCGGCCGAGACCAGAUGAACGACAUCAAAGGAAUGCUGGAGAACACCUCAAGGGAGCUGAAUUUCCGGAACUUUACCCUGAUCCAGCUGAAUGAGGAGUUUUCGCGUGGGCGUGGUUUGGACGUGGGUGCUCGGGCGUGGAAAGGUGGAAAUGUUCUGCUCUUCUUCUGCGACGUCGACAUCAUCUUCACCUCCGACUUUCUCAACACCUGUAGACUGAACACACAGCCAGGAAAGAAAGUGUUCUACCCCGUUCUGUUCAGUCAAUACAACCCAGCGGUGAUUUACGGCAGCAGAGAGCACGUCCCGCCCAUCGAGCAACAGCUGGUCAUUAAGAAGGACACCGGCUUCUGGCGGGACUUCGGCUUCGGAAUGACCUGUCAGUACAGAUCGGAUUUCAUCAACAUCGGUGGUUUUGACGUGGAUAUUAAAGGCUGGGGCGGCGAGGACGUUCACCUGUACCGUAAAUACCUGCACAGUAACCUGCUGGUGAUCCGGGCGCCGUCACGCGGACUCUUUCACCUGUGGCACGAGAAGCACUGCGCCGACGAGCUCCCGCCCGACCAGUACAAAAUGUGCAUGCAGUCCAAGGCCAUGAACGAGGCGUCGCACGGCCAGCUGGGAAUGCUGCUGUUCCGACACGAGAUCGAGGCCCAUCUGCGGAAACAGAAACAGCGUGGCGCCUCCAAGAAGGCCUGAGAUACCACAUGCCUCGCCCUCAAUCACACGCCUCAAUCACACUGAUUACAGCCUUUAUCGGAGGCUUAUUGUGUCUGUGUGAUGAGUUGGACAUGGUGUUAGCAUCAUGCUAACUGUUGAGGUGUUUGCUUCCAUCGCUUCUGUGGUCAGUCAAUGACAUUUUGAGCCAAACUGUCGCUUUAAACAGACGAAUAUUUGGAACAUAGACUGUGUAGAGCUGGACAGAGCAUCGUCUCUCAAAAGUAAAGUCACCACAGGUCGGGCGCCCCCCUGCUGUUCGGCUGCAGAAAGCUGUGUAACCCCACCCAUCCCCAUAGGUUUCAAUGACAGAACAGACAACUUUCAAUCACAUUUUUUUCCCAAUAUACUGUAAUUCUACCUCCUUUAUUUAAAUGUAACAGCUAGUGUAACCUCUUUUCAUUGAAUGAAUGGAAACAUGCAUGGCUGUUUAUAGUGGGAGGAGAAUGGGACUGAUUGACUGGAGAAAGUGUUGAGUGUUAAUGCACCCGCCCCCGUGUGGCCUUCUGUAGAAAUGCAGCAAUCAAGAAACAUUGAAAACAUUUGAUCAAUGUUUAAAUAUGAAACACUGUGUUCUUCUUUCAAGCAUCUGAAAUCUAUGAAGGUCACAGUUUACAAAUACUUAGCAAACAAAAAAAUAUAUAUUUUGUUUUUUUUAUUUUGUUUUCCUUCAUUUCCGAGAAUUAUUUGAAAGUUUUAAAUGCAGUAUUUUUAAUAAUUUAUUGAGUAUAAGCUUUCCUGUGUUAAACGAUAUAGAAUACAGCGAAGUCCUUUGCACAAAAUUACUCUCACAUCACACCAGCUCUGUUCUUACCAGUACCAGUCCAUUUUGCUUUUAUGCAAAUAAGCUGUUGCUGACCACACCCCAUGUUUACACUGAGUGUUUACCACAGGUUAGUGUUAGCUUAUGCUAAAUGGCAAAACACAAACAAGCUAGUUCAUGCUUAACCGCGACAGAAACACAAAACUCUUGCCACAGACAGUAGGUACACAUCCCUCCCUCGGAAGAAGUCUGCUGGCUAAUCCUGCUGUGUACUGUCUGAGGUUCAUAACCAGCAGAUCAACAUUUAAAUGUUUCUUCAAGUGACCUAGUGGGUGGGGCUCUGGUGGGGGUUGAUGGUUGAGGGGUGGGGCCAGGGUCGUUUUCCUGAAAGCAAACUCUUUUAGCUGAUUCACAGAAAACAGAUGGAUGGACUUUUUUAAUGAAAAGAAACUAUAACUGAGAACGGCCUGGCUAAACCAUCCAGUACCGAAUAGCAAUGAGAUAAGUAUUCAGUACUUAUUUAAUUUACAGAAUUCCAGCAUUCAUGUACAGUAAAAGUACCUGCUGCUGAGAUCUUGGUGCCGGAUUCAGCUGGAGACUUUCAUAAAUAUUGUGGAGUUGAUGCCUGAAUUGUUUAUAGGUGUUUUAUAUGGAACACGUGAAACAAUAAUCUAGUCCCGAUGAAGAUGCUUCAUCUAAAAGAUGACUGCAGUAGCAGUUUAAAUGACGAGUGGUUCAAAGAACUACAAUUGUAUGCUUAUUUUAUUUCCUUUAUUAUGUUUUUCUGGUUAAUAAAAUGGUUGACCAGAGAUGAUAGCUGAUCAAGCAUAGCAUUAUGACCACCUGUUUUCCUGUAUUUCACCCUGUUCUUCAAUACUCAGGACCCACAGAAGAGAAAACCACCACAGAGCAGCUAUUAUUAUUAUUAUUAUUUGGGUGGUGGGUGGUUAUUCUCAGCACUGCAGUGAUUAGUACUGAUCAGCAUGGUGGUGGUGUAUGAGGUGUAUGAAGUGUUUUUGCUCCCAGUUACCUUGAGAUCAUUUACGAACACAUACCACAUACCAAUAUCUGCUCUGUGGUGUUUUUCUAUCCUGUGAGGACUAUAUAAUCAUCGGAGCUGAGAAAAUGGUUAAGCAUCCAUGCAGACAAUCAUUUCAAAUAAUUUACUAAAAAAAUAUAUAUAUAUAUGUUGCAGAUAGAUACGGCAGAUAGAAAUUAGGCUAAAAUCGAUGCAGUGUUCCUUUUUCAGUGUCUUUGCUAUCGUAAUGAUGGGAAAAGUACAUCUUGCACAGCUUGAAACACAAUGUAAAAGGCAUGUACUCUUAAUUAACCUGAAAUAAACCAGUCAGUGUAUCACUUGCUUAUCAUUCCCUUUAAGAGCCAGGUGAGCUCUGACUUUGGCGGAUUGAUAUUUUAAUGGUGUAGCUACCUAAUGGUGUGUUCAACGCUUCUCAGCAGAGGAAACUGACCUAAUCGUUCACGCUGUGAAGGAGCUCCAGCAGCUCAUUUACGUGAACAGCAAUUCUAUUUUAUUUUUUUAUUUAGUAAAAAAAAAUAGACUGUUGGUGAGGUGUAAGAUAGCAAUGAUCAUCACAACGCACCUGGCACAGGGUUUAAGAUAGAGCCCUAUAAAUAUGUUAUGUGAUGGUAUUCUAUCUUGUCCAAUAACUGGCAGAGCCUUGUAAAAUUUAUUUUCUGACUAAUGGAAAUCCAUCACAGUCCAAGUGUCCUGUCAGACAGCCGCAGUGUUUAAAUAUGAAUAUCAUGAAAUUAAUUUGAGAUGAAUUGUAAACAGCAGUGUUAUUUGAAUCCUAGACUUCAAACAAAGUGGAUUUCUCAUCAUCUGAGCGAUAUUGUCCGAGACUCAAAGCUCAGAAUGCUGUGUUUAAUCCAAUAUGUUGUGUUAAUAAAAGAAAUAUUUAUAUUAAUUAUGUUCAUUUUGUGCACAAUCAGCUUUGAAGCCUCAGAGACUGAGAAAAAGGAACCGUUGCAGACUUAAAAUAUGCUGAAAAAUCCAAAACGCAGCCUGUAGGCCUUUGGACUUUAGAAUUAAACUUAUUGUAUAGUAAUAAAUGCAUUUUUUAUGAAGCUCAGUUCAGUUCUGAAUCCACUUCCACAGCGCGGGAGUGUAUUAAACACACUGUGUGAUGUUUAAAAAAUGUCAAAAUGUUAAAAUAUUAAAUUGUCUAGCAAAGAAUAUUUUUUUUUUUUUGUAAACUGAAUGAUUAUGCAUUUUAUUAUUGUAUUUAAGAAUAAUAAUCUAGAUUUAUUAUGGACGGAAUUUUAAAUAAAUUACAGCAAACUGAA